CAGUUCGUUACGUCCAGACCGGAAUGUACUUUGUGUUCGAAGUGGCCCCCGGCCAGGACGGCAAAGCCGGACUUUAUUUAUCCUCCCCGCUCCGGCCCCGCUGCAUCCUGCCCUCGCUUGUGCGGGGUUGGAUCUCCGGUGGGGCUGGGGGACCUCUGGACCCUGCCCCCCCCCCCCCAACUCAUCUCCAGUCAGGGGGUGCAGGGAUUUUCCCUCUUUUCCCCAGGGUGGAAAUAAUCUGGGAAAAUAUUUGUGUCCUUUCGACCGGUAAAAGCCGUCCCGGGUGUCUGGGGGGAGACGGGGACUUGGGGACCGAUCCAGCCCCGGCAAAGCCUCUGGCUGGAGAACUGCCAUUCUCACAUCACGCAAGGUGCUCGGGGGCUGGCACGAGGAAGGACAUCACCGGCAAAAGGGAGGUCUCCGGGCUUUGCUCCCCGGUUCUGGUGGGGGGCAAGGGUUUCCCCCAGACCCCUUGUCCUUUCGGGGCCGGGUGACGGUCGCGUGGCGGGCACAGGGCUGGGGCAGGACAUGUGCGGCCAGCUGGAUGGCGAGGGGGAACAAGCAGUGCCCCUGGCAGCCGCCCCGAAGCCGGCUGGGAUUAUUUAUGGAGCAGAUUUCCUCCAGGUUGUGUUACAGGGAUGGGGGGGACGGGGCAGACCCCGGCACUGGGGAAAGGGGGUGCCUUUUGGGCAUCCCACCACCCAAGAAAGCAGAGCGAGCCAGGGGGUCCGGCGCUGGUACCGCAGUGAUUUGGAGGAUGUCUUUUAAAAAAACCACUCUGGUGUUUUCUUCCCAUGUAUUUUGCUUUUUUUUUCUCUAUGCAAACAAAUUUACCUUUUUUGUGGUGCAAGAACAAAGCAGGCUGGACCCCCCCCUGCCGCCGCCAUCAGUCCCAUGCUAUUUUUCAGGGCUUAGGUGUUAUCUAAGGGGCCUGCAUAAAAUUAAGCUGCGGGGUUUCCUGAUACUGGAAACCCACAAUACUUCUUUGGUAAAUGGAAAUUUAAAGCUCUCGGAGGCUGGGCGGGAAGUGUUUAAAACCAAAAUGCAAGAUUCUCCUGGGUUAUUUUAGAGAGGGAAAAAUGAAACGUCGUGAAAAUAAAUCUUUUUUUUUCUAAA